CAUCAAAGCUUUCUGCAUGCCCAACUAAGUGUUUAAUAUUAUAGGGAGAGAAAGGAUCGAUUUGAAUUACAGCUCUGAAUACCUACCUAAGUAAACAAAAGGCAAAAAAGGCGAAAUGGCGGCUCUUCCUGAGAAAUCAUCCGAUACCUCAAGCGUCAAGAUACAAGUUGGGGAAACUGAGCAUCUUGUCAACAUCAAUAAAUUUCCUUACUUCAAGGCUUUCCUAGAUUUCCAGCAAAAGUCCGGCCAGGAUACUACUCCUGUGCCGACUCAUAGUGAUAUCCCCUUUUUCGAUGUCAUCAACUACGGAGUAUCCAACGGAUUCCGACACUUCUUUCGCCGCAUGCCUGUUCAACUCUCCGACUACCAUACACUCUGCGAAACCCUCGAGUUUCUUGCUAUCGAUGUCCUCGCAGGGCAGAAGCUGCGUGACAUUAUGAAGGAUCUGAGGAAGUGCAAAUCCGAUUAUGAUAAAUACGAUGGAACCGGUACUAGGGGGCAAAAAAGCCUUGCACGAGACGCGGCUUUUAGGCUCUUGUAUAUAUUCCUCCUCGGUGAGUUCGAAUCGGAGGCCCAGGAUAGGGCAAUGGCCUACAAUGCGGCUCUGUUCGUGGUAUCUCACCCUGGAACUUUCAAGCAGAGAACCCGGAAGAUAGUUCGAGAAGCGUUUGAGGAAAGAUUUCUUGUCACGGAGAAACAGAAAAGGGGCUUGGAUAUGUGGUCCGUCUCUGGUCCUUCUGAGGACCUCGAGGACGAUUGUACUACCGCGGAAGACUCCGAUUACUUUGUCGACUCCGACUAUGCAUACUGGAGCUCCGACUAGAUGCGAAAGUAUUUUGCUAUGUACCAGGUGCUGGUACGGGAUGGGUUGGCGCAAGUGCAAUUGGCAUACCUUAUAAAGGCUUAAAGGAAGACUUGAUAUGUACCAUAGCGGAGGAAUAUGGUCCCGGAGAACUGUUCGAGAAUUGAAAAACGUUCCCUCUUUAGAGAACGUUCCCGGAAAAGUG